AUGAAGUAUCCUGACAUCUAUAAGGAAUUCGGAAUGAAUCUAGAGACGGGUUUUCUGCUCUAUGGGCCUCCAGGAUGCGGUAAAACACUGAUAGCCAAGGCCGUUGCAAAUGAGGCAGGAGCUAACUUCAUUCAAGUUAAGGGCCCUGAACUUCUGAAUAAAUGGGUUGAAGAAAGUGAGAAGGCAGUUCGAACAUUGUUCAGCCGUGCAAGGGCGUGCACACCAUGCAUACUUUUCUUUGAUGAGUUACUUGUAGAGUUAGACGGUGGAGACCAGCGGAAGGGUGUAAUUGUCGUUGGUGCCACUAAUAGACCGGAUGUAAUGGACCCUGCUGUUUUGCGACCCGGAAGAUUUGGUAAGCAUAUUUAUGUUCCCCUGCCCAGUAAAGACGAGCGUGGUUUCAUCUUAAAAGCUCUUGCAAGGAACAAGCCUAUAGAUUCCAGUGUAGAUCAGAGCGAGAUUGGACUGAGAAACGCGUGCGAAAAUUUUACUGGAGCUGAUCUUGCUGCACUGAUGCAUGAAGCUACCAUGGCUGCUGUUGAAGAGAAACUGACAUCAAUCGCGAGUUCGGAUUCAUCUCCCUGCACAAUCAAAGAAACUCACUUUGAGAAAGCACUGGCUAAAAUCACACCAUCUCUAACAGACGAGCUUCUGGCGAAGCAUAGUGACCAGGGAGUCAAUCUAGUGCACUCGGAUUGGUACAGCUCUUCCCAGACUUAUAUGGAACUCUCUACCCAAAGCAACCUGUUCAAGCUUGUGCUCAUCCUUGAGCAAAAUCUCAAGACACCGGGCACCAGAGAGGCUAGUUUGUUCAAAAAUAAGGCCAUCUCUUUCCUUGGUGCUGAGUGUGAGCUUGAACAGAGCAAGGGGGAGAGACGAAGAGGAUGGGAUGGGAGGUCUCAGACUCGGACUUUCUCAGAACAAAAUCAAAACCAAAGUGGAAGACAGACUUUACUUGUAGAGUUGGACGGUGGAGACCAGCGGAAGGGUGUAAUUGUCAUUGGUGCCAGUAAUAGACCGGCUAAAAUUUACCCACAAAAGCUAGCUACACAGAAAAUCCACUCCUAA